AGAAGACAUAUGUUGGGCGGAAUGAGGUUUACCUGUUCUGUGGUUUUUUAUCCGGGUUGUACGGAGACAGAAACCAAACACACCCCGGUUGAGACAACACGUCACACACCGGAGACCUGCCACAUACUCGCUCGGCAUUAGCCAGCGGUUACCAUCUGGGUGCCCUCAAAUUACACAUUUGCCGGUGAAGGGGCUGUCUUCACGUCUUACAAAGUCAUGAAUAAAACCGACACAAACGGGAUGGGGCCGUGGAAUCAGCCGCUCCCUCUGUCAGCCAACUGAUUGACGAUGAAUAUGAUCUAAAUAAAGCAUCAACUGGUAGACAAUCUGCAUCAUGGGAAGGAUAAGCUUUUCGUGCCUUUUCCCAGCCUCAUGGCAUUUCAGCCUGUCCUCCCAGGUUCUCCCUCGGCUUUUGGUACCUUCACUCAGACAGCUGCUUUUCAUCGGCCUCGUGCUCUGCCUCAUUGGACUUCUUUACCUGCUGCUCGUCACUGGAAAAGGCCAUGCCAGCUGGAUCAGAAAGGAAAACCACUUUCACAGGCACUUGGCAAGGGUGACUGAUGUAGAUGCGACUGAUACAAGCAACCCCAACCUGAACUACGGACUGGUGGUGGAUUGUGGCAGCAGUGGCUCCAGGGUGUUUGUGUACUGCUGGCCCCGGCACAAUGGUAACCCACAUGAACUUCUGGAUAUCCAGCAAAUGAGAGAUCAACACCGCAAACCAGUGGUCAUGAAGAUAAAGCCAGGUAUUUCUGAACUGGCUAAAACACCAGAGAAAGCCAGUGAUUAUAUUUAUCCAUUGCUGAGCUUUGCAGCCCAGCACAUUCCCAAAAAUAAGCACCAAGAAACACCCCUGUACAUUUUGUGCACAGCAGGAAUGAGAAUCCUCCCUGAAAGUCAACAAGAAGCGCUUCUUGAGGAUUUGCGAACAGAUAUUCCAGUUCACUUCAAUUUCCUCUUUUCUGAUUCUCAUGUGGAAGUGAUAUCAGGAAAACAGGAAGGUGUUUAUGCAUGGAUUGGGAUCAACUUUGUCCUUGGAAGAUUUGACCAUGUGCACAAUGAUGGGGAGGCUGUCGUGGAGGUGCACGUCCCAGGCAAUGAUCAGCAGGAGGCGCUGGUCAGGAAAAGGACUGCUGGUGUCUUGGAUAUGGGCGGUGUCUCCACACAGAUCGCAUAUGAAGUGCCCAAAACUGUAAGCUUUGCUUCUCCACAGCAGGAGGAAGUUGCCAAGAAUUUACUGGCUGAGUUCAACUUGGGCUGUGAUGCACAUCGCACAGAGCAUGUUUACCGUGUUUAUGUCUCCACUUUCUUGGGUUUUGGAGGAAAUGCAGCACGUCAAAGAUAUGAAGAGAAUCUCAUAAGAAACACUGCAACUCGAAACAAGCUCUUAGGUCAACAUGUGGGAGAGACAACGGAGUCCCCCCUCCUGGACCCUUGCCUACCCACAGACCUGCAGGAUGAAAUUGGACAAUCUACACAGAAGCUGCAUCUACGAGGCACAGGGGAUUUUGACCAGUGUCGACAGCUCCUUCAGCCAUUCCUCAACCGAACCAAUGAGACUCAAACAUCCCUCAGUGGUGUCUAUCAGCCUGCUAUCGACUACAGCAACAGCCAGUUUUAUGGGUUCUCAGAAUUCUACUACUGUACGGAGGAUGUACUGCGUAUGGGUGGAGACUAUAAUACUUCUAAGUAUUCACAGGCUGCCAAGAGUUACUGUGCCACCCAGUGGAGGACAUUAAGGGAACGCUUUGACUCUGGCUUGUAUGCCUCACAUGCUGAUUUACACAGACUCAAGUAUCAGUGUUUUAAAUCUGCAUGGAUGUAUGAAGUCUUGCACUCUGGCUUUUCAUUUCCAACUAAUUACAAAAACCUCAAGACUGCCCUGUUGGUCUAUGAUAAAGAGGUCCAGUGGACUCUAGGAGCUAUACUCUACAGAACACGGUUUUUGCCUUUGAGGGACAUCCAACAAGAAAGCCUGAAAGGAUUACACUCCCACUGGCGGCACAGUUUCUCUUUUGUCAACAACCACUACUUAUUCCUGGCUUGUUUCUUCAUUGUGCUGUUGUCCAUUAUGCUGUACUUACUGCGACUGCGACGCAUCCAUCGGCGAGCGGCACAGCGUUGCACCCCCUCCUCUGUACCGUGGCUGGAAGAGGGCCUUGGCUCACCCACGCUCCCUAUCAACCUCUAAACUUUGUAGAGCGUAAAGUCUGGACAGCACGCCUGACUUUCCAAAGCCACACUCAUUUUCUUAUUUGGCUCAUCUUCUUUUUCAACGGGGCUUUGAACUGUGUCCAUACUACGUGCUGGAUUUAAAGUCCACAAAGCAGAGAAUUGGUACUGAGAUCUGGACAAAUGAGGAAGAGUUUGUGGCUUAACUGAGCCAUUAGAAUAUGAGUGUUUAAGUUAUUUUCUUUAAGAAAGUUAAAAUGUCUUUUUGUAUGUUUUGCCUGCCACAUGCUCUUUUGUCACAUUCUCAUGGCAGCUUCCUUUAUGUGUCUUCAGUUUGUUUUUACAAAACAAACGUAAUGGUACUUAUCUUACAAAUCCUCAAAUCCAUCAUAGUAGCAAGUUAUUUUGAUCUGUGUUUAUGUGUGGGGUUUUGGCUUAUUAUUUACCUUUUUAGAUGCAUGAUCAUAACUUUGUCUUUUGGUUUUUAUAGUUGUUAAAUCACACUCACCAUUUUUACAAAAACCUCAAAUGCAAUACAAUUUCUAAUAAGUGGAGCACUUUGUCUUGCAGUUUAAAGGAAAAUGUUCAGUACUAUCCAACAGGAAAGAUCUUUUUCUGUGUGCGUGUCUUUCCCAAAUUGUUCUGCCUCAUAUUUAUAAUUGCAAGACAAGAAGCCUUUAAUAGUUCUACUAGUGCAAUAUACUGUAUGUCUUGUCACUGUUGGGAAACACUCCAAAACACGAGCUCUUUUGUUUUCUACAGUAUUGAUGUCUCUUAAAGCCCUGCUGAAGUUCUUGUCAAAAUUCUGGCUAUCCAGAAAACUAGUUGGAUAUGGAUAUAUUAUGGUCAAGGUUAUUUAUGUUGGGCUUCAUUUUCAGAAGCUGUCACUUCACUGCUGUGAGGGGAAUUUAAGUGAGCACACGGCCUAUUUAUAUGUACAUGGUUUGCACAGAUGAAUGCGAAAUAAAUGUUAAGAUGUUACAAUUCAGUAAUAAAGGUUUUAUGGUAUA